AUGUCAUCAGAAUAUUCACAAAAUUCAGCAAAUCAUAAUAAUUUUUCGAAAGAACUUAAAGUUGAAAGGCAUAGAAGGAUCAAUGCUCAAAAAGAAAUCAUUGCCCUGAAGAAAAACAUCAAAGAUUUGCAACAGAAACUUAAAUCAAAAGAAGAAAAAGAAACAACUAAUGAUGAUAUUGAAAUACUUAAUCAGAGAGCAGAUAAAGCAGAAAAUGAAGUUUUAGUGCAAAAAGCUCUUUAUUCUCAACUGAAACAGAAUUAUGAUACAUUAAUGCAAACAAUAUCUGUUUUAAGAUCUGAAAAUGCUGCAAUGCUUGACGAAAAAGGAAAACUUUUCGAAAAGAUUUCUUCAUUGGAAAAAUCUGUUAGAACAAGUGCUAACGAAUCAAUUGAAAAAGACGCAUAUAGACUUAAGUAUUCAGAUUCACUUUGUGAGAAAAGGAAUAUCGAACAAAAGUUUGAAGAAGCUCAAACUGAAAUAAAGAGAUUAAAUCAUGAGAUCAUAAGAUUAGAAGCGAUGUUGACAAAAACAAAAGAUGAGAACUAUAAAAAUACGGAGACCAUCAAAGUCUACGAGAAUGAUAUGCUCACAUUAAGCAGAUAUGGUUUUCUUCUUGCAGAUGCAUUAGGUCAAAGAUUCAAUCCUCAAAAUGUUGAGAUAGAAAUAGAACGUUUAUUAGAAAUUGUCAAAGAAGAACAUCAAGAAUAUAUGAUGUUCCAUCCACCUCAAUAUAGAGAAACUUGUUCUGAGUGUGGUAGACCUCUAUAUUAG